AUGCCGGGCCUGAUCAACAAGAGCAAACGCAGCGCUCUACCUCUCAGUGUCUCAGACAUCACUUCCUGUGUCAGGGGUUACACCCUGGCAAUGACAGCUUCUUUGACCUAUGAAAACAUUGAGGGUCACUCUAUUGAGGGAAUCUUUAUAUACCCUGUGGAUGAAUGCAGUGUGGUGGUUGGGUUCGAAGCAAUGAUUGGCAGCCAGAUAAUAACCGUGCAGGUCAAAGACAAAAUGAAAAUUGAUGACUGUUACCUUGAUUGCUGUAACGCUAAUGGAACCCCUCAGAAUGGAGGUGGACAUCUUGUUCUGGAUGAAGAUCAGGAGAGGACAGUGCUGGUGGUGAAUUUGGGGGUCAUUCCUGCUUUGGAGACCAUCAAUAUACAGGUCAGCACCUCUUCUGAGCUGAGCACACUCCCGAAUGGUGGAAUUCGGGUCACCUCACCACCCGUCUGCUCUCCGAGGGUCCAGCGUUCCGUCAAAGAGGAGCAGGCAUUUUCGCCCAGCACAGCUAGAAGUAGGGAUCGACAUCACUGUGCAUUGGGAACUGACCAGACAGCUUCAGGUGUGUGUUUGGCUGCUCUGUUGGAGGAAGAGACCAUCAACUCCAUCGACUAUGAGUUCAACUUCCAGCUUGAGAUCAGAGGACCAUAUCUACUGGCAGGUGUGGAGAGUCCCUCUCACGCCAUCCGGGCGGACGCUGACCCCUCGGCUCGCUCUGCAUCCACCAUAGUGGUUACACUGGCUGACAAGUACACCUAUGACUGUCCCGUGGAGAUAUUGAUCUACCCCAGUGAGCCUCAUCUGCCACAUGUUCUCAUUGAGGACGGGGACAUGACACCAGAGGAAUACGAUGAACACCUAAAAGGAAGAAGUGACUACAUCAAGGCCACAAAGAAGGACUGCAGUAAUGAGAAGAUAGUGGACAUCAUUCGGAAAAGGCUUCAUAAAGACAUCCUCCACAACCCUGUGGCCAUGCUCAACUUCUGCCCAGACCUCCAUUCUACAACUUCUGAUCUGCGUAGCAUCCAGGGAGAAUUCAUCUUCCUCAUUGACCGAAGUGGAAGUAUGAGUGGGGUCAACAUCAAUCGGGUUAAGGAUGCGAUGAUCGUGAUUCUGAAAAGUCUUUUCCCAGCUUGUUUAUUCAACAUAGUGGGCUUUGGAUCCAAGUUCAAGACCCUGUUUGCCACCAGUCAGAGUUACGAUGAGGAAAGUUUAGCUUUGGCUUGUGAACAUGUGAGGAAGAUUCGGGCCGACAUGGGCGGUACAAACAUACUAGCUCCACUCAGCUGGAUCCUACGGCAGCCCAUACAGAGAGGUCAUCCUCGCCUGCUCUUCCUCCUAACGGAUGGAGCCGUCAGCAACACAGGGAAAGUUAUCGAGCUGCUCCGUAGACACGCCCCAUUCACCAGGUGUUACGCAUUUGGCAUUGGUCCAGGUGCAUGCAGAAGGCUUGUUUUAGGACUGUCCGCUGUUUCCAGGGGCACAGCUGAGUUUCUCGCUGAAGGGGAAAGAUUGCAACCCAAGAUGAUUAAGUCCCUGAAGAAGUCCAUGACAUCAGUAUUGACUGACAUCUCCAUUGAUUGGCUGUAUCCAGAGACAAAGGAGAUCUUGCUCUCUCCAGUGGGGACGACUUGUCUGUUCCCUGGUGAUCAUCUGAUUGGAUACAGUGUGGUCUGUGAUACCUCCAGAUAUCACUCCAAUCCCAAAUCAGAUAAACGAAGACGUUACAGUAUGAUGCGUUCCAACGAGUUGGCCAGUUCUGUAUUCUACCACUCUCAAGAGGAGGAUGCUGGGAAGGUUUCCUCUGGCAGUCAGGGGCUUCACAGGGACAAUCAGGUCACCUCGCUGUUUGAUGGUUGCCAGGAGACCAUGUCUGAGAGCUGUCCUAUCACCAUGGGGCAAGAUACUAUGGGAAAUGAGACAAGCACCUCCCCGAGAAGACGUGCUUAUAGCACCAAUCAAAUAGUUGAUUAUAACCCUACCAAGAAGGUCUACACCCCUAGUGACCCCAGCUCUGUGGUGGGGAAAAACCCACUUAGAAGAGCAAAAAUCCAGGAGCUGAUUGGUCAGACACAUCCUGAUCAUGGAGCACAGUGGAAAAUAGACUACCAGCCACAGGUGGCCAGCCUGUGUGCAUCCUCCUCAAGAGCACGUCCCACAGCUGUUCACAAACCUUCAAUGCAGCAGCAACAAGAGGCCCCUGGCCCCUCUAUGCAUGGCGUGACCCAGGGACACUUAGAAGAUGGCUCCAGGUCUUCAACGGACAGUCCUUCUCUAGGCAGCACUGGUGAUGCAGACGGCUACAUGCAUCAGCUUUGUGAAGUUGAAACGCCCCAAGAUCUUCAUACGCCAGAAUUUAAGUCCAGUCGGGGAAAGGGAGAUUGCAAAGCAAUUGUAUCAGGACUGCUCUGUGGAAAACCCAUGAAAUGGGAGGUGACCUUCGACAUUCAGCCUUACCUCCAAGGCCGAGAACGGGAGGAAAAAGUUCAUGAAGACCUGUGGAAUGAAACGUUCCAUCACCUGGCAGGGCGUUCAAUUAUUCAAGACUUUGAACACAUGGCCAUCAAGGAGUGUGAGAUUGAGCAUGGUUCUGGUAGAAGGUACCAGCUCUAUGCCAUCCACACCAGCAAAGCCUGCAACAUCUUGAGCAAAUACACAGCGUUUGUACCUAUUGAUCUGGACAGCAAUGAAUUUUUACCCACCUGUGUUGAGUACAGCCAACCUGGGGAGAAUCAGAAGAGGAGCUCGCACUGCAGUUCUCACUCUGGCAGCAAGAAGAAUCAUGGUUACUCUGUGGGCCUAGGUCGCUCACAGUCAGGCAGUUUGCCUGUGCAAGAUGAUGUAGCAGUACCCUGCAAUGUUGAGGAUGGAGCCCAUUCCCCUUGCAAAACACCCUCAUCCUCCAGUUGGGAACGAUGUAGCUUUACUGAAGCCUCUCAAAGGAGUCCGUCUGUGACCUCAGACCACUCACAAAGAUCAGUGGAGAGCCUUUUCUCUACCAGCAAGCUGAGUCUGACCAGGACACGUCUCCUGACGAAAGCUGCCAGAGGAUUCAUGAGUCGAACGCAAAGCAAAAUCAGCAACUCGAUGGGAGAAAGCGAAAAUGACAACAAAGACUACAUCUCUCUGGUGUCAUUGCAGCUGUCCUGUGGGGCAUUCAUGUUGGACAGUGCCUUGUGUGACGCUAUCAACGUGCCCAUGGACAAGCUGAAGUGGACGUCACCCUUCAGUAGUCACAGAAUCAGCCUAACCCACCUAUCCCACUCCAGCUCUCGCCGUUCAGAGAGCUUGGAGGUCCAUCGCGGCGCUUCUGCUCCACCCAAAGACUCACACCUGAACUCUGAAUUUGAGGAGCUUGUUUCUCGCCCAUCUUUAUCCUCCACGCCAGCCGAAAGUCCUCGAAUGGGGGAUGAGCUCUCGUCGUUAGCAGGCUUCUCUUCAAUGUCAACCGAGGCCCCACCGUCGGCCAUUAAUUCUUUGCAUGACAGCGAACGAGGGUCGGAGUCAAAGAUUGCAAAAUCUCCCUUGCCGGGCUUCCCAGGGAGCCUGCAAAAGGCCAUGCAAGACCUCGAGGGCAUGGUGUGGGCCACAGCAGUAGCUCUGGCCUGGCUGGAACACAGCUCAGCCAGUUAUUUCAUCGAAUGGGAGCUGAUCGCAGCCAAGGCGAGCAUGUGGCUUGACGAACAGAUUAUCCCAGAAGGACGAGACCUACCAUCGGUCAAAGCCGCAGCCAAUCAACUCUUCAUCAUUCUGAGACACUGGGACGAGAACCUACAACUCAACAUGCUCUGUUAUAACCCGAACAGUGUGUGA